AUGAGCUUUGCUAUCCCGCCUCACCACUACAUUGCAGGCAUGCCGUCAACAACAAUUGGUACCAGUCCCAACGGCGCUCAACACCGAAAUGGCACAGCCCUGCACUCUCCUACCUCAUUGUCGACUUCUUUGCAAGGGCAUGCAGGUCCUUCCUCAUCCGCCCACGCUGUCCACCCAAAGUCAGCCGGCCUAUCUGCCGCCACCUUGCCCAGCAACGCCGUUGCGAGCUCUUCGAAUCUAGUUGCCGAGUUUCUAAAGUCCCCGGACGAUCUCACCAAGAUAUCAGCGCUGCGCAAGAAGCUUCUAAAGGAACAGGCGAGUCUGUCGGCUAAACUCAAGCUCGGAGCCAAAGAGCAGCUUGAGGCGACACGCGAUGGUCUUCUGAAGCUCCAGGCAACAAGAAAGGAUGUCGCAUCCAUCAGAGAAGCGUUUGCGCAAGUCGACGCGCUUUAUACCAACACAGACGGCGACGACGGAACGAGAACCACUCAUUCCGACGCCAAUCGCUCCUUCAGCAUCAUCAGCCAAGUGUCUCAGAUUCAUCGCAACUUUGUCCAGACGACAAGCACUUUAGAGAAACUCGAUGCACUUCCAGACCAGAUUUCUACACUCGCCGAGAUGCUGCAACGAGGUCGCGAUGACAUUAUGGGCCCUGCUACCGACCUUCUCCCUUUGCAUUUUCAUCUCUCGCAGCUCGAGGCAUUCCGCAACGAGACGUUCCAGAUUGCGCGCACCUGCUCUACAGACGUGCGCAGCACCGUCUCCGAGUUCUUUGCGCCGCUCGACGGGCUCAUUAGAGCAUUCGACGACUACAUCAUGCAGCUGGCAGAGAGGACCAUGGACCUGGCUCGAGAAGGCCGACCGGGCGUGGUCGUCAAGCUCAUCAAGAUCAUCGAGAAAGAGUCACGCGAAGACGAACGUGCAGCAGCAAUCCGUCUUGCCAAACGUGCCAAUCUCGAAGGCGCCGCCCGUUUCCGAUCCGUGGUGGCCAAUGCGCGUGUAAUCAAGCUAUACCGUCCCAAAUUCGUCGAAGCCAUCGACCGAGCCACAGCCGAGUUGUUUGACGAGUGCUGGUCCCGAUUCGGUGCCGAUGGUACCAGUCUCGAAUUCCUUGGGCACCUCGACUGGAUCUACGACGAUAUGCGAUUCGUGCAGUCCGAACUUACGCCCCUCUUUCCGCAAGACUACCAGAUCCUGCGCAUGUUUGUCAAGAGCUACCACAAGCAUCUCGGAAGCAUCCUGCGCGAACGUAUUCUCGCAAAAGAUCCGGAAGCGAGCGCGCUGCUCGAGCUGUACCAGUUCACGCAGGAGUAUACCAAGACAAUAACUAGAGAGAUUGGCGCAGAAAAGGCAUGGCUCGAACCGACAUUGCUAGCGGGGAAGGAACAGGGAAUCAUCGACGACUACCUCGGCCUGAUCACCAAAAAGAUCGACGAGUGGACGGCCAACCUCAUGUCGGACGAGGUGCGCGAAUUUGUGGCGCGUCAAAAUCCGCCAGACGAAGACAAUGAGGGGCUGUAUGGUCUGCAAGGCGCAGCGAUCUUGUUCCAGAUGGUCAAUCAGCAAAUCGACGUGGCAGCUGACUCGGGCCAAGCUAGCGUUCUGGCCAAGGUGGUAGAUCAUGCAGCCAAAGCGAUGCACUCGACGCAAACGACCUGGCUGCGAGUGCUGGAAAGCGAGUUCAAGAAGCAACGCGAAGCGAAAGCUCCGGACGAUGUGGUGGGUGGUCUGGUCGAAUACGUGAUCGCCUUGGCCAACGAUCAGCUCAAGUCGGCAGACUAUGCCGAGGCGCUCAUCGCAAGGCUCGAGCCGAUGGUGAGCAAAAAAUAUCAAGCCGGCAUCCGCGAGGCGGUCGACAAUGCGCUCAAUGGCUUCCUGGACGUAUCCAAGCGAUGCACGCAAGUACUGGUCGAUUUGGUCUUUGCCGAUCUGCAGCCGGCGAUCAAGGAUCUGUUCACCUUCCCGAUGUGGUACUCGGAAGGCACCAUGACCACCAUCGUCGAGACGAUGCGCGACUACACAUCGGACUACAGCGAGCGGCUCAACCCCAACCUGUUUGACGUGUUGUGCGACGACAUGAUUGAUCGCUUCCAAGUCUCUUACAUCGGUGCGCUCAGACGUGUGGGCAGCGGCAAGCUGCGCAUGCCUACUGCAGCAGAGCAGAUGCGCAAGGAUGUCGAGGAUGCCAGGACGCUUUUCCUCGCCUUUAAGAAGGAGGAAGAGGUCCAGGAGAAGUUCGAAGUGCUCGAUGCCAUCCGAGGCAUGCUGACGUCUUCAUCCACCAUGGUCUUCCUGCCCUACUGGAGCUUUGCCAAAGCGCACGGAGCCCAUCUGGGAUUCCUCGAGGCCAUCAUGAAGGCGCGCGACGAUCUCAAGAGGGACGAUGUGACCGCACUGAUGGAAAGCGCAAGAAGGAAGGUCAAGAGCGAAGGGCUCAACGACCUAGUACCCGAAACAGGAGGACCUACUGUGAUGAGCAGAGUCGCCCAGGCGUAUGGAUCGAGCUACAGUGGUGGCCUGCUCGCCAACUUGGGAGGCGAGCGGGCGGCAGGAAUGGCGGCUAGCGCAACGCAGGCGCUGGGUCUGACUGGCUGGAAGAACAGAGAUCGUGAUUAG